AUGCCUUCACCUCUUCAACUCCACAGGAUCAUCGCCACCGCCAACCCCACCACCACCGUCGUGAACCACCAAAAACAAUCCCAACCCACAUGGAAAACCCCUGUACCUAUUCAACUACCCGAUAAUGUGUUCCACCACCACACUCACGCGGUUGGGUGUGACCAGUGUUGCUCCUCCGUGGUCCAAACCAUCUCAGCCCCGAUCGCCGCAGUGUGGUCGGUGGUUCGCCGCUUCGACAACCCACAAGCGUAUAAACAUUUCCUCAAGAGCUGUCACGUGAUCGUCGGCGAUGGUAACGUGGGUACUCUCCGGGAAGUUCAAGUGGUCUCCGGCCUCCCAGCCUGUUCCAGCACUGAGAGACUCGAAGUUCUCGACGAUGAACGACAUGUUCUGAGCUUCAGUGUUGUGGGUGGUGAUCAUAGGCUUAAAAAUUACAAGUCCGUCACUACUCUUCAUCCAACGGCCGGUGGUGGAUCAGGUCCGUCCGGCACAGUGGUGGUUGAAUCGUAUGUGGUUGAUGUACCACCUGGGAACACGAAGGAGGAGACUUGUGUGUUUGUUGAUACGAUUGUUCGGUGCAAUUUACAGUCACUGGCUCAGAUCGCCCAGAACUUAGCUAAAACUCACACUAAAUCAUCGUAAGUUCUUACAUGUUUCAUAUUCAUUGAUUUUGAACUUUUGAUGAUUUUUGUGAUCUGGGUUAGUGUAAAUUGUUGUCACCCAGAUUUGGAGAUUCUUAGAUUUUGUAGCUCCUGAAGCCUAUGAGAUCGUAAUUUCUGAAUGUGAUAGAAAGAUUUAUGUAAUUUCUGGGCAACCUGUCUGAACCUUGUGACGGUGUUUGUGU